AUGUGGAACGACGAAGACAACAACCCCUACGGGGCCUUUGAUCAGCAUCAGUCUCACCUAUCUGACUCCCUACAUUCAGCCGCACUUUCCCCUCAGCUUUAUGGACAGGAAUCAACGCCCCCUUCCAGUCGUGGGUCAAGCAGCGAGCCUCCUGAUUACAUCACCAACCCCGACGACCUGAGUGACCCCGAAGAUGAGGCCGAAUAUGGCGCUGCAAGCCAACAAUACCCGCGGAAAAGUGUCUACGAUAGCCGAAUUGAACAGCUUCUAUACGAGAACCCAGAGAUGCCGAUAUUGAUAACCGAUGCAGGCAAGAACCAUGAAGGUGGUGGAGGUUUCAUCGUUUACACUAUCCGGACUGCGGACUUGGAAGUGCGCCGCCGAUACUCCGAAUUCGCAUCUUUGCGACAGACGCUCGUCAAUUUACACCCUACCCUCAUCAUUCCGCCAAUUCCCGAGAAGCACAGCAUGGCGGACUACGCGGCUAAGCCCACCAAGGCUAAAGAAGAUACAGCUAUUAUCGAUCUCCGGAAACGGAUGCUGGGUGUAUUCUUGAAUCGCUGCAGGCGCAUGAAGGAAGUUCGUGAAGAUGGAGUGUGGUGGAGGUUCCUCGAUCCGAACGUUAGCUGGAGUGAAGUUUUGAGCUCGCAUCCGGCAUCCUCGGUCCCCAAGAAUAACCUGAAAGCACCUCCUCUUGACCCUGCAAACCCAACACCUGGCCAUGGCUGGCUCCCCAUUCCCUCAGCUUCCGCUAAGUUGAAGCCGAGCGGGGCGGGAACUACACUAUCCGGGAGUGCAGCGUCUCCAAUCUCGCCCACCGAAGCUGAGCCGCAGUCAUUCCCUGGCCCGGAGAUUCUGGGACGUUUCCCGCCUGAGUCGCGUAAGCUCAGCGAGCAAGAGCUGGAUCCCUAUUUCAUUAACUUCGAAGCCUCUACGCGAGAGCUGGAAUUGCUGCUGCAAGGAAACAUCGAAAAGGUCAAUCGGCGAACACUAUCUCAUUUGUCUUCCCUGUCAGCCGAUCUUAUGGAAUUGGGCGCGCGCUACAACGGAUUUUCUCUUUCUGAACAGUCUCCUACGGUGGCGGCUGCCAUUGAGCGGAUCGGACAGGCUGCCGAUACCUCUUACAUUGAGACCGAGGAGCUUUCUUCAGCUCUAAGCGCAAGCUUUGCCGAGCCCAUGCGUGAGAGUGCACAAUUUGCCAGUGUGGUCCGCGGAGUUUUACGAUACCGAGUUCUCAAGCGGGUCCAGCAGGAGAUGACCCGGGAUGAGUUGUCUAAAAAGAAGACGUUACUGGACUCUCUCGAGCGCAGUGAGCUUGAGGCUAGGCGGAUUGAACAGUAUCUCAACCGCACAGGCCCUCAGUCGGGGGGUACAAAGCCUCGUUCACUGUCGACAUCAUCUGCCGUUAGCAGUGAAGGGGCUGGCCCCAACAUCGCAGCAGAUUCGGAAUUCCCACCCACCCACGAUGAUUCAUACAACUCUCCGCCUCCAUCGCAGAUUGGAGGACCCAGGAGACCUGACCCGUCAGCAUCGGCGUCUCCCGCUCACCGCAAAACGUCAAGUGGGACUUUUGUGGCGAACAAAAUAUUCGGUCGCAUCAGUCAUGCCAUCCAUGGUUUCGCAGAUGUUGAUCCAGAACGCACACGUCGUGACCAGAUUGGAAAGACAAAGGAAAGUCUGGUUCAGUUGGAGCAAGCCCUGGAGGUCUCUGAAAAGGACGUCAAGGACGCUAGCGCAGGUGUGCUUCAAGAUCUCAAACGCUUCCAGAAGGACAAAGAGGCAGAUCUUCGGCGAUACAUGGUCGCAUACGCUCGCUGCCACUUAGAUUGGGCACGGAAGAAUCUGGAGACAUGGACUGAAGCCAAGGAUGAGGUGGACAAGAUCGUGGCUCGCUAG